AAAGCUGAAGUAAACGCCCACUUUUGGGAAGCGGAAGAUGGGGAUCCUGGGUUUCUUUCCGUGAACUGUAAGCAAUCGUCUGAACUCCAUUUACUUCGGUGGCACAUCUGCAAUAAUCAUGGAUUGCCGUGAACUGUGGAGGCUGCGAGGACAAAAUCCGUGUCGCAGGCGUGUAACGCCAGAUGGAUGGCUGGUCUAAACGUCGAGCCGACAUGUGUUGAUGCGUCUAACUAUGGCACACUGGUAAAGGGUAUCCCUCCCAUCGCGGUGGUAACCAACCGGCGUCUCUGCUGCCAUGGAAGUGGGCAGCCUCCCCGUGGAGCUGUGGAGGGUUAUCUUAGCCUAUCUUCCUCUCCCUGACCUGGGCCGCUGCUGCCAGGUGUGCCGUGCCUGGCGGGAGCUCAUCCUCUCUCUGGAUAACACCCGCUGGAGACAGCUCUGUUUGGGCUGCCCUGAGUGCCGACAUCCCAACUGGCCUAGUCAACCGCAUCUGGAGCCCUCUUCCUGGAGAGAAGCCCUGAAACAACAUGCCCUUGCCACCCGCACUUGGACUCAAAAUGGCCCGGAGCUCCAGUCCUCCGCCUGCCUCCUCUUUUUCCGCCGUCGGAAAGAUCGCAGGGUUUGGCACGUGGGACCUGGAUGUGAGUUUGAGACCCUCCGUGGAGCCCUUGGGGUGGUGGGGCCAUAUGAUCGAGUGGUUCUCCAUCCAGGGGUGUAUGAGGAGCAGGCUGAGGUAGCGCUGAAGGUACCUGUGGAGCUGGUUGGGCUGGGCCGACUGGGCGAGGUGGCCCUUUUGAUGUGCGUAGAGCAGCAGUGCCCUACGGCUAGGCUGUGUAAUCUGGUGUUCAUGCCACCCUGGUUUUCCACUGUUGUCUACAAGACAUCCUGGGGACAUGUCCAACUAGAUAACUGCAACUUUGAGGGAGCUCAGCUGCAAAUCCGUGGGCCAGGAACCUGCCAGGCUCGGUUUUGCUCCUUCUCUCAGGGCAGCUCUGCACACUUGCUGGGAGUUGUCCUGAGUUUAUUUGACAGCUGUGACUUCUCAGGAAGUGACACAGCUUCAGUGACUGUGGAAGGUCCUCCAGUCUCAGAAAGGAAUUGGGCUUGUAAACAUUUGGCAGCUCUGGCUAGGACGUUCCCAUCACAUGGCAUUUCUGAGUAUAAUAGUUCUCCUAAAGGACAUCCAGCUGCCUCCACUGGUGGAUAUCAACCUCCAGGUGCUAAUGUUAAAAAGGAGAACAUAACCAUAGAGGACUGGAAGAGGAAGACAGGGGUAGAUGCAGUAUGUCAGCGUACAGUGAUUGAAGAUGGCUGGAGUGAUGGUGAGCACAGCGAGGGAGAGGAAGAGAAUAGAGAUGAAGGGGGGACCAACCACACCAAAAAGCAUUUAACACUGGAAUACAAAAUCCCAUGUGACCAUCAUGGCCUGUCACAUUUGCUGAACCCCCGGUCAGAUGGCUCUCUGCCACUUUCCUCUUCCCCCGAUCCCCCAUCCAUGAUCCCUGAGCGUCUCACCCUUCAGCAGGAAUUAGACAGAGACCCAGAGGCUCACAUGUUGGCAGCAUCCACACUUGGCUGCAUCCUCAGACGCUGCCUCUUCAGGGACGGGAAGGGCGGUGUACAUCUGUCCAAUUAUGGACAAGCUCGACUGGAAGAGAAUGUUUUUCGUGGGCUGAACUAUGCUGUGCGCUGCAUCCAGAAUGCCACAAUCGUAAUGCUGAGAAACGAGGUCUGUGAGUGCCGUGCGUCAGGUGUGUUUCUGCGCCUCUCUGCUCAGGGCCUCAUAGCAGAAAAUAAUAUCCACUCAAAUGGGGAGGCAGGGCUGGACAUCCGAAAAGGGGCUAACCCAACCAUUGUGUGCAACAAAAUACACAGUGGUUUGCGUUCUGGGGUUGUUGUCCUUGGCAAUGGAAAAGGUUCAAUCCGAAGCAACCAGAUCUACAAUAACAAAGAAGCUGGUGUGUACAUUCUCUUCUGUGGAAAUCCUGUGGUGAGUGGGAAUCACAUCUUCCAGGGCCAGGCUGCAGGGAUUGCUAUAAACGAGAAUGGCAGAGGAAUGAUAACAGAGAAUGUGAUCAGAGAGAACCAAUGGGGGGGUGUGGAUAUCCGCAGAGGUGGUGACCCUAUCUUAAGGAACAACUACAUUUGUUACGGCUAUUCAGAUGGCGUUGUGGUGGGAGAGAGAGGACGUGGACUUAUUGAGGGAAACCAGGUCUUUUGUAACAAAGGCUGUGGUGUGUGGGUUAUGUCGUCCAGCCUUCCACAACUCCUAGGCAACUACAUUGUCCAUAACUUUAUGUAUGGGCUGGCAGUAUUCUGCAGGAAGGACCCAGAGAACAUUGAGAUCAGGGAGGGAAACUGGCCUGGGCAGGAUGGAAUUGGUGGAGAAGGAGGCGGUGUGGACAGGAGGGGAGUAGAAGGAGAGGGACGUGAAGGGCAGGAGAAUUUUAAUGAAGAAGGUGAACUGUUUGCCUGGGAGAGUGAUCUGGACAGCGAGGAUGAGCGCCACUCUGCUCGCCGUUCUAUUAGUGUGGCUCUGGUGGAGAGCUACUGCAUGAGCUACAAUGGAGCAGUUGGUCUGUAUGUGAAGAGCACUGAGGCCCUGAAUGUUUUUGCCAAUCUCAUAAACUGUAACCGUGGCCUUGGCAUCGCCGUGUUGCAAAGCAGUCAGCUGACCCGACUAGCCACGAACUGCAUUCUGGAAAAUGGUCGAGGUGGUGUUGCGGUGGAGAGAGACUGCAGGGUGGAAGUCCGUGGUAAUGGCAUAUAUGAAAACAGUGGCUAUGGUGUCAGUUUCAGUGGUAAUGGGCAGAUUGUGGAGAAUGAUGUUGUUGGAAACCGUGGAUGUGGAAUCCAGGUUUGUGGAAGUGCCGAUAUCAAGUUAGUGCGCAAUCGUAUCCAGCCGGCACAGGGCUGUGGCAUCGCUGUGCUAGGGCCAGUUAAAGGUGUUGUCCAUGACAACAUCUUGUUCCAGGGCCACCCUGACAACAGAAAAGCGUUGCUACAUAUGGAUCCUGGCAAUGAGAGCUGUGUGUUGCGGAACAACAGCAUUCUAAGGAAUAAUGACAGGUAAAUGGGAAGCCCAUAAAAACUGAUAUUUAGCAGACCAUCAGUGGAUUUGCAGUCUACACUUUGUCUCUCUGCAGUUCACGCAGUGCCCAUAAAUCAAUAGUUUUAAAACAGAGUGACAAAAAACUCACCCAAAUCUCCAGGUCGACUUACAGAGCAUUUAAUGAAUUUGAGGUCAUUGCUUUUAGUAGGAAAACCGUGGUGUAGUCAACACAUUUGC